GGUGCCACAAAAGUAGCGAAGUCCUUUCCAGGCCAGUCGGUCAGUCGACGAUCAACCGUCGCGGACUCUUCCUGGCGGUUCUAGGUAUCAAUUUCAUUGUGAACAAGCGCACCAUGGCCACCUUCCGGCGUUUCGUCCCUGACGACGUCGACAAAUUUUCAAAAUGCAACCUCGACCCCUUGACGGAAACUUACGAGCUUGCGUUCUAUCUUCAAUAUCAUGCCAAAUGGCCAGCCCUGUUCCAGGUCUGCGAGGACAUGAAUGGGAAUAUUAUUGGCUACAUCAUGGGCAAGGUUGAAUCGUCUCCCGAUAUCUACAAAUUUUCCGAGCAUUACCUGCCCUGGCACGCACACAUUACUGCCCUGACCGUCGCACCGGAGGCUCGCAGGCUAGGCAUCGGUAAAAUCCUGACGGAGCAGCUGGAGGUCGCAGCUGACGCAAACGAUGCUUGGUUUAUUGACCUCUUCGUUCGGACCAGCAACCACCGAGCCAUCAACUUCUACAAGGGCAUGGGCUAUAGCGUCUUCCGCGUGGUGAAAGACUACUACGGCGACCAUGCCACCGAUUCCAAGGCUACCAGUGAAGAUGCCUUCGACAUGCGGAAGCCAUGUAAGCGGGAUACCAAGCUACAACAUAUUCGGGACGACGGCGAGAGGCACGAGGUCGACCCGGGUGAUGUGUGGUGAAAGAAUAACAACACGCUAGCUGCCUACGAAGCAUCCCUCUGUCAAGCCUAGACGUCUUGGCUAGCGUUCCCUACGCCUCUACAUGCAUCGCUGUUCCGCUUAUAUUGAUCCGCGACGAU